UUGUGAGCGCAGCGCCGCACUGCACGAAACAGCAGAAGGUGAAGAGUAGGUUAUUUCCACUCAGCCUGAUCCUGCAGGAUUCAUUCAUGCUUUGCAGAAUGCGGACAGGGAAAUAGUUGGAAGCGCAUCCGAGCAGCAGGAGACGGUAGUUUAGCGCACUGGUCGGGCUUUUGUUCGCCGCAUUUUCGCUGCAGCGAGGACAGAGACACGGGUCCAGGACAGUACGAAGAUCCAUGAGACACGCUUUGAGCUGGAUACCGCUUCAGUAUCACGUGCUGCGUCUGACGUCCCGCUGCUAACAUCUGCUCAGGUUGCGUGAAGGUUGAGCCAUGGACGCCGGGAGGCUGGAGCAGCAGGUGGCCAGCGUUGACAGGGGGAUCUGCUUCCUGAAGCAGGAGCACCUGACCAUGCUGACCGGCCUGCAGCUGGAGAUCACACACCUGAAGAGGCGCUGUCACGAGCUGAGCUGUGAGCUGGACUCCAAGUUUCCUGACAGAAACACAGCAGAGGAGGAAGCAGAGCUGGCGGCGCGUUGCGAGGCCGCAGAGCGCCUCCUGGAGCGGCAGCAGUGCAUGACGGUCACGGUGCGCGGGGAGCUGCGGGCCGGCCGGGCCCGAGCUGUGGCACUCGGGAGGAGCCUGCGGGAGGAGGAGCGGCGGUUCCUGGAGGAGCUGAAGCGCCGCAGCCACAAGAUCACAUUGCUGAAUCGAGAACUUCAGCGGCAAAACGUCAUGACGACGACGCUGCACCACGAGCUGCAUGGCGCACGGUUGAAACUUUUCCAGCAGCGGCAGAGGGGGAAAAGAGAGGAGGAAGAGGAGGAGGAGGAGGAAGAAGAGGAAGAAGGAGGGUCGGGCUGGCCUCUGUCUCCUCAUCCCGGUGCCUCCUCCGUCCAGCCGGAGGGGAGACCCAGGAAGAACAUCAGUGUGAGGGAGGAGAGGGUUAGAGCCUGCAUCCCACAGGAGAGAGUCACGUCACCACAGAGUCCACACCCGAUGCCUGACCCCGCCCUCUUCCUGGUACCGCUCAGGUACCGCCUCCUCCGCUGGAGCCGGCCAAUGAGGCUGCAGGACGGUGAGGAGGGGGAGGACGAGUGGGAGGACAUAGAGGACAGCAGGGUGCCCAGGAGGGUGGAUAUGGGCGCAGGCGAGGGAGAGACGGCUCUGUGACCGUUAACUCCGAGGAGGAGCAGUCUGUAGAAAUCUGAAAAAUUAAGUUUUAUGAUUUAGCUUCACAGGAAAUGGUUCAUCUAAACUAGACUUAGAUGUAUUUAUACAUUUACCCAAUUAAGGGUGUGAAACGUCCUGGAAAGGUUUAGAGUUUACCACAGCUGAUUGUGUUUGCCUAUAAUCUAAAAAGCAGAGUUGCAUCUGGGUUCAGUGAAUGCUUUCACCAGCUGGGACAGCUAGGGGUGCGCCGAAAACCUGACCUGCCGAUUCUGAAUUUGGCCGAUACCAAUUUGUUUUUUGUCUGAAAUGUUGCUAAAUAUAGCAAGAAAGUCACUGAGUUUGUAACAAUAGUGGGGUGACUAUUGUUACCUUAAAAUGUGCAGACAUGGUGGGCCGGUCUGUCGGUCAAACUUCUCUUAAGUGAGAGCUGAAGAGGACAGUGGCUGAUUUUUAGGUAUUUGCUGAGGUGGAUAAGUUCAGCUUCACAUGUAAGUAUCGACCGAUCACCGAUUUCCCCAAAUUAAGGAAAUCUGUGCCGAUAAAUCGACUGGCUGGUAAAUCGGUGCAGCCCUAGAACCAGCUUUAUGUUUAGGAUGGUCACUUGAAAAGGAAAUUUUGUAUUACCUGCACUUUAUUAAAUUCAUACAAUUUGCCUUGUUAUGGCAAACCAUAA